UUCUCCGCUGCUUGAUAUUUUUCUCUGGUAUGGUAUUACUUUGAUGGGUUGAAGUUGAAAUUUUGAAUUUAGGCAGAAACAGCUGCAAGUGAAACUACCACAUGGGAUUUUGCUUGUUAUUUGAUUGUAAAGGUACAGUGUUUGAGGGGAAAUUUGUUGUAGUUCGAUUGAUAUGGAACCACAACUGGGAUUGAUUGAACAAUCUUUUCAUGUUAGAUACUCAGAUGGGGUUAGAGAAGCACUUGAUGAAUUGGGUGAUAGUUUCCUUAUAACUGAUCCUUCCAUUUCUGGGCACCCAAUUGUGUUUGCUUCAAGUGCUUUUCUGAAAAUAUUUGGUUAUUCUAAAGACCAGGUGAUUGGGAAGAAUGGAAGAAUGUUUCAGGGGCCUAAAACUAAUCGAAGAUCUGUUCUGGAAAUUCGUGAGGCAAUUAGGCAAGAGAAGGCUAUACAGAUUAGUUUGUUGAAUUAUAGGAAAGAUGGGACUCCAUUUUGGAUGUUGUUUCAUAUGUGUCCUGUUUUUGCUAAGGAGGAUGGAAGGGUGGUUCACUUUCUGGGAGUUCAAGUGCCUAUCUUGAGAAAGUCCAGAGUUGUGAGGAAUCCCUCAAAGUUGUGUGAAGAUGGAACUGGAUUUCUUGGGUGCUGUCGGAGAGAGGUGACUUCUGAUUCCGUCAUGGAAGUGGGACGUGGAUUGGCUCUGGAUUACUUAUUGAACUCAGAUGAUAGAGAAUUAGAGAUCGAUCAGCCUUGUGAGGCAAGUGAGCUGGAGAAGAGGAAAGCUGCUACUGCUAUUAGCAACAUUCUCUCAGUCCUAGCUCACUAUAGUGAGAGUGAGGUCACUGGUCGAUUGGUGUGUGGAAAAGCAUGCUGCCUAUCUGGAAUGGGUCUUGGUGCCUCCAUUAAUAUAUCAUUUGGUAGAAUCAAACAAAGCUUUGUAUUAACUGAUCCACACUUACAUGACAUGCCAAUUGUGUAUGCCAGUGAUGCCUUUCUGAAAUUGACAGGUUAUGCACGGCAUGAAGUAUUGGGGCGUAACUGUAGAUUUUUAAGUGGGCUGGACACAGUUUCUGCCACUCAAUUUGAGAUAGCAGAAUGCAUUCGAAAUGAGAGACCAUGCACUGUACAUAUCCUUAAUUACAGAAAAGACAAGACUUCAUUUUGGAAUUUUCUUCACAUUUCACCUGUCCGUAAUGCUACAGGAAAGGUAGCAUACUUUGUGGGGGUCCAGAUAAGUAGUAGUUGCAACAGUCAGGGUAAACAAGGGUUGAGUCCUGCGAUGGAGCAUCUUAGCGUUGUGGGCGCUGUCAAAGUGGCGGUUAGAAGCUUGUCAAUAGGUGCCAGCACCUCCUAGCAGCCCCUAGUUUUUUCUGAUUUCAUUUUUUGUUAUCGUGGAUGUUGCUGCCUGAAAAGUCAUCGAUCAAAGCGGUUUCAGGAGAUGUAGAUGUUGGGACACAUGAGAGGUAGAUUGUUGUAUAGUUUGGACUUCAUUGAACUUUGCAUUGUUUCUUAGGCGACUAAUGAUCUGGAACAGUGCCUUCAAAUUUAGUAGCGCGACUCCAGAUGAUAUUGCUUAGAGGUGCUUUGCUUCCCGUGUAAAGUUGUCUUGAUGUACAACUCUUGUACUGAGAUCUGAACUGGUCAUGUAAGAAUUUGACAGCGGUGAGUUUUCAAGAUAUGUGUCACAUUUUUAUCUGAUUGUACUACAUCCCACUGUGAUUCCAGCUAAAUGGAUUGGAAAUUUGGAACGGCAACUGUCUAUAGUCAAGACUCA